AUGGGUGGGCUGGCUAUUUUAAAUCAGUGGAGUGUAUUUUGGUCAUGCACUGGUCUUUUGGUCAUUAUCACAGCUUUAUCUGCACUCGCACCGCAUCGAAGUGCUAGUUGGGUAUUCACCCACUAUCAGAAUCAGACUGGUUUCGAAAAUCCUGGUUACGUAUUAGUUUUAGGAAUGAUUGGUGCAGCUUAUUCAUUAUUCGGCUGUGAAUGUGCGGCAUCUGUUAAUGAAGAGACGAAGGAUGCUGAUAUUUCGUCCCCAAUAGCUAUGGUAUGCUCUAUUGCUGUUUCUUGGGUUGUUGGGCUUGCUUUCUUGAUUGUUCUUUUGUUUUCCAUCCGAGAUAUUGAAUCUGUAUUGAACUCUACACUACAUAUGCCUGUAGCACAGCUGUUUUACGAUGCAAUUGGCAUAUGGGGAACUAUGGGAUUUCUAAUCCUUAUUGUUGUUUGUCAAUUUUGCACUGGUGCUACAACAAUUACUGUGACUUCAAGACAGAUAUAUGCUUUAGCAAGAGACCAUGCCACCCCAAUGAGUAAUCAAUUGAAAAAAAUAAAUUCUCAUCAAUUACCUGGAAAUGCAGUUUGGUUCACAGUAGCAAUGACUUGUAUGGUAAUUCUGCCAUUUCCACUUUCAGAACACUUGUUUGAAACCAUUGUAAGCGCAACAACAAUUACAGUUCAUUUUAGUUAUGCAAUGGUCUUGGGAUGUCGCUUGAUUGCGCCUGAUAAAAAAAGGGGCCGAUUCAGUUUAGGGAGAUGGAGUAGGGCAAUUAAUUUUAUUGGUUUUUUCUGGGCUGUGUUUGCUAUGCUUGCGUUUAUUUUACCCACUUCUUGGCCGAUCACAGCAAACACUUUUAAUUAUGCCGGCUUGGGAUUGAUUGUAGUAAUUACAGCCACUGUAACAUUUUGGAUAGGUUGGGGAAAAGCGCACUAUGAAGGCCCAAAGGCCAUGACUGAUGAUCUUUAA